GAUAUUUCUCGCCCAAACCUUCAAAAUGGCCCCAGCAAAAAAAAGCAAGAAGAGUAUUGAGAACAUUAACUCUCGUCUGGCUCUUGUUAUGAAGAGCGGGAAAUACGUCCUUGGCUACAAACAAACGCUGAAAACACUCCGACAGGGCAAGGCUAAACUGGUCAUCAUUGCUAACAACACCCCACCCUUAAGGAAGAGCGAGAUUGAGUAUUAUGCUAUGUUGGCAAAGACUGGUGUACAUCACUACUCUGGUAAUAAUAUAGAGUUGGGUACCGCCUGUGGUAAAUACUUCCGUGUAUGUACUCUCAGCAUCACUGAUCCAGGUGAUUCUGAUAUUAUCCGCAACAUGCCAUCUGAACAGCAGCAGUAAAGGACUCUCGAUUUGAUUGUUAUUGAUCUUUUAUGAUUAAAACGUGGGUCAAAUCAA